CAAACCCCCACCAAAAGCUUUAUGAGGGAUCACCCUCACAUCUUCCUCAAUUCCCCACCGUAUAAUUCCAUCUGUCUUAUCAAUCUACACGUCCAAAAUUGGCUUCAAAUCCACCGAGCCUCCAUCGUUCAGGAACUUACAAAUAUGUGGAGCCUCUUUCAGAUGGCGGUUGCAAUCCUUAGUACGUAACCGUUAAUCCAACCGUUCACGUAUUACGGUCGAACCUGAACCCAAAGGUCGGGGUGUAACAGGCCACCAGAGAAACACCCUUUGCGCUGAUGUAUGGAAGCGAAGCGGUACUUCCAGUAGAAGUGCGCAUUCCGACCUUUCGUAUGGCGCAUAGGGAGGAAUCAGUGGAGGAGCAGGAGCGGAUCGGCAAACUUGAUCCCCUUGAUGAGCGCCGAGAAAGGGCGGCUUUGCGGCUAGAGGCAAUGAAGCUCCAGGUGGCAAGAUACUACAACAAGAAGAUGCGCCCGCAGGACAUUGCGUCUGGAAGCCUUGUGUUAAAACGUGAUUUCUGCCCAAAGGCCACCGAUAGAAAAAUGGCGCCAAAAUGGAAAGGGUCGUAUCGUGUCCAGGAAGUCGUUAGCCCGGGCACGUUUAAGCUAGAGCAUUUGUCGGGAAAGAAGGUAAAACGAACUUGGAAUGCACAGAAUCUGCGCAAGUACGAGUUCAUGGAGGUUGGAAUGGAAAAUGAAGAAGACAAUGGUGUUGGGGAGACCAAGGUGCCUGAGGGGGCGCCUAGUGAGAAGUAAUUGCGAAGGAAAAUGCCAGUCUUUGGGGUGAUAUUUAGUAAGUAUAGUCAAAAGUGCCCUUUUGCGCAUGUAGUAUUGUAAAGCGCCCUUAAGCGCCCGGGAUACUUAAAGCGCCCGGUUGUAGCGUCCCCAAGGUUGCUUUUUUGAAUCGAAUUAUAUAUAUAUAUAUAUAUACACACUUUUUUGUUUCUUGCAAAGUGGUACAUGACAAUAUAGAAUGAGAACUGAG